AGCCAAACACAAACCUUAUCACCUAUACAGACAAUACCUCUCUCUCUCUCUCUCUCUGUGUAAACUCCGAUUGAAUAAAAAUGGCAAUUGGGAAGAAGAAGUUGAUGUCAUCGGCGCCAUGGAGGGGCGAAGAGGAAGCCCCGGAAGAGUUCCAAGACGCGAAGCUCAAAGUCACGAAGCAGCAGCCUGGAGCCGAGUCAGUGAUGCACGUGCCUCGCAAGAAGAAGUCCAAACGCCACGACCAUGACGAUUACGAUGAUGAUUCCCUCGUCGAGAUUGACCCCCAGCUUCGCUACAGCUUUCAACGUAACUACCAGUUUCUUCAACGAGUAUUUAGCAUUGACACCAUUGUGAAACCUCUUCCGCCUGCCAUGGCCUACAAUGUUUCCCGCAACUUGAACUUCUUCACUCGCAUUUUCACGCAGUUCUUUGAUCCAGAAGGUAUAGCAAAUGCCCAAAAAUCGUUAGGGAUAGGACAGGAAGAGAAAGCUCGUCGCGUUCGUUGAAAAGAGAUUAAAAAAAAAGGAAAAGGAAAAUGAAGAGAGUGGGGGGGGGGGGGGGGGGUGGAUUUAGAAGGCAGUUGAAGGCUUAUUGCUGAUUUUAGAUAUAACUGUUUAAAAUUAUUUUUAAUAUCUGAAUAUUUUUUGGAGAAUCUAUAAUAUCCGAAGAUUGAAUAUGUAAUCUAAAAAUUCAGUGGAACCCUUUCAUAAAAAUUUUUGACUUUGCAAAUGGAAUUGCAUCAUGAGCUAUAUGAGAGUUUCAAUAAGUUCACUGGUGA